UUGUUUUUUUAUUUAACUUCCUUUCUCACUGCAGUUUUUCUUUAUAAACCGAAAGCCUUUUUUCUAUUCUAUGCAUUGCAUUAAUUCCAUUUUAAAGCAAUGCAUUGCUUACAUCAAAACCCUGUUUCUUCAUAUCCUUUGUUGCACCAAGCACUUAUGACCUCCGAAUGUUAACGUGCCCCGCUUCACUUUCGAUGCACUUGCACUUCAUUUUCAGUGUGUCCAAACACAGAGCGGGUAGAGAUGCUACUUAAAUUUAGAUUAUUUUACAUAUGACGCACACUGAGUCACUCAUGAGUCUCAUGCUUAGUCUAAUGCACAACUCUCUUAUGUAGGGUGGCAUAGAAACAAAGCCACUGUCAUUGUUCUGUGUGUCACUGUAGCUACAUUGCAUUUAAGAGUGCAACAGGGCUGUAGGACGACGUAAAUCUACUUAUAACUUGAAAUAAAACCCGGUCUUUUAUGUUUAACUCUGCAGUCACGUGGGAAUCUGAACCAUGUGUUCAAAACAUGUUUGUGUAAUUCCACCUAUGAUAAAACUGAAACACUUGUGACACUGGAAGUUGAAACACAUGAGAAGUGUGGCAGGAAAUGUGAUGCUAGUCGCUCAUGUGUCAACACAGAUGAAUGUCAUGAGCUUGGGACUUCCUCUUAGCAGUGGUCAAUCAGCAGUGUAGUCGCAUCAUGUGGCUUACCGUAUUAUAAAUUUCCCCUGAUGUUGGGGCCCAGAUAAAGGUUUCUGCCCGUUGCCCCAUCAGCUAUGGCAGGGUCUGUUAUGUAAAUUAAAUAACUAACCUAAUAUUUUCAACAUUUAUGGAAAUAUGCAUAUGAUAUUGUUCAGUCUGUUUAAAUAUGUUAACAAGGGCAUCAAAUAAACAGCACAUGAUUAUGUUGCAAAAUUCGAGAAGCAGGCAAAAUGUAAGUAACAAUGGGACUUAAAAGAUUUCUGAUAUACUCGAAUUUCUUGAAUAUCUUGAUUAUUUGUCCAGUGUUUAUUUUGAAUUCAGAAACUUUACAUGAACUAAUGCUUUCUCUUUCAAUUAUGCAUACAGUGUGACAUCAAAUCUCAUGACACAGAUGAUUCAGAUAAUGAGGCAUGGGUUUGUUUAUGGGGAAGCACCAUGGUUUUAAGAAUAACCAAACAGUGACAAGUAAAAAAGUCAACAAACCCUUGACAAAGAAUUACUGGAAAUACAAAAAUCGAUUUAAAAAAAGUAAUAUGUCAAGAAGUGUGGUUACAAAUACAAGUAGAAGUAUAGUGUGUGACAAAUGCAACUAAACUGAUAAAAAUAAUAUAAUUAAUGAUGUCUUUUAAUAUACAAAAGUAGUUUUGUAUUACAUCCACAGAAAUAUGAGAAAAGGACAUCUUUAACAAUACAUCCAACUAUAUUUUAAAGUUUGGGUUUUUAAUUUGAUUUAUGAAAUCAUGUCUGUCACUUUUGAAUUGUGGAGCAAAUCCAAAUCUGUGUGUGUGAGGCAAACAGGAAAAUGGACCUAUGAUUAGGGUGAUGGGAGGGGUGUAGAGACAUACAUAGUUUGUUCUUUGUGUCCUUGUGACAUAUUCAUUGCCUCUGUCAAAGAAGACACCACAAUGACUGAUCCAAACACAUCUUCUUUUGUCUUAGACUUCGGCUCUAUAUACGACGAGCUCAACUUCACUUACAAUUACACGGAGUUCGUCGCCAACCCUGAAACGCAGCCCUGCAACCCUUUCAUCUUGCCACAUGGAGUGAUGAUUGGUGUCACUGCUUUUUACGUCCUCAUCUUUCUGCUGGCGAUUCCUGGAAAUAUGGUAGUGGGGCUGGUGAUUGGCCUCAGCACGCACUCCCUCCCUCCCUCUGACCUCUACCUCCUUCACCUGGCAGUUGCCGACCUCCUGGUGGCCUUUACUCUCCCGUUCACGGCCAUCUCUGUCAUGAUGGGUUGGGUGUUUGGAGACACCAUGUGCAAAGUUGUCACCAUCCUCCAAGAGCUGAGCUUCUACUCCAGCAUCCUCUUCCUUACUUGCAUUAGCGUGGACCGUUACAUGGUGAUUGUGCGAGCUAUGGAGGCGCGCAGGGCUAACCGACAGCGGGUCAGCUGGGCGGUUUGUGCUGCCGUCUGGGCUGUUGGAGCACUUCUGUCUCUGCCGGGGCUGUUCAACUCUACCUACUUAUCUCAAAACUCCAUGCAGAGUGUGUGUGCCGAACAAUAUGAUCCCAGCAGUGCUGACCUGUGGCGGCUGGCCACCAGAAUUCUUCGCCACACUUUGGGUUUCCUUAUCCCCUUGGCCAUCAUGCUGCCCUGUUAUGGAGUAACCAUCAAGCGCCUCUCUCACAUCCGUGGAGGGCUCCAGCGGCAUCGAGCCAUGAGAGUGAUUGUGUUCGUGGUCUUCGCCUUCCUGCUCUGCUGGACCCCCUACCACAUUGCAGUGAUGACAGACACAUUCUUCAGGUCAAAGAUAGUGCCGUACCAGUGCCCAGCGAGGAUGGUGGUGGAUCAGGCCAUGUUUGCCACCCAGAGUCUGGGCCUGCUUCACAGCUGUGUCAACCCAGUGUUGUAUGCUUUUGUGGGAGAGAAGUUCAGAAGGAGGCUGCUGCAGAUAAUGAGGAAGAUGGGCAUCGUGGAGAGAGCAUCAUUGACGAGAUCCAGGUCUUCACUGUCAUCAGAGAUCACAUCCACGUUCAUGUGAGAAUACCGAAGAGGCACUUUGAACUAUUCGGCUAAAUUGAUCAUAUCAUUGUGUUUACUGCUUGAUCUUAGGUUCUGCUCAACAGAUGACUAGUUUUGAUACUUUUCUAUUGAAGCUUGUAUUUGGUUGACUUUUCAAAACUCAACCAACAAAAAAACAUUUGACUAAAUAUGCCUUGCAUUUAGCUAAUAUUGUAAAUAUGUUUUAAUACUUUGUUAUAAUGUUUUUUCUUCUAUCUUAUGUAACUUUUGGUUUCAAUCCUGUGUACACCAGGGUCAUGUUGCUUAAAAAUAAGCUGUAAACAUGUUUUGUGGUUACCCAUUUAAAUCCCCUUUCUUUCCUCACACAUGCCUAGUUUUGAGAACUGCAGAAAACACGUUUGUCAAGUUUCAACUUUUUUGGUUUGACUAUAUUUCCUCACAAUAAAACCAUGUCACAACAUCAAGAAGAAACAUCCGCUGAUGAACAACUUGAGAUGCAACUGAAAGCUCUGGACAAAGGCUAGAUUUGGACCUGGAGUUAAAACUGUUGUGUAAAACCUGUACUGUAUGAAUGUGUGAAUUACCAAAACUAUUUUAUUUGAAAAGCAUUUUACUUCCAGCUCAAUGUGCACUGUAUCAACUGCAGCAGUAUUUUUUAAAAAUGUUUAUAGUAAUAUAUUCAAAUUCUUGUAAGUAAGACUGUUUGAAUGUUAUGUAUAUUUAGCUAAAGAAAAGAAUUUGUAGUGUUUGUAUAGUUGCAAUUAUCAUUAAAGUUUU